AUGGCGAUCUUCAAGAGACAUGCCCUCAAGACUGGAAAUACCGCCAGGACACCAGCUUCGCAACUCACGCUGAGGCAGUCAAUCUGUUCGUAGGAUCCGCCAUUUGCCCCGCAGACAUGCUGACCAUGAGCAGACCCGCUAUGUCUGGUGACUAUACUUUUCUUUCUAUGGGUAAGUUCGAUGCCGCUGAGCGAGAUAGCCACCAUUGACCAUUCGCUAGGGAUUCUCGUAUGGCCUGCUUGACACCUUGAAUAAGCACUUCCAAAACGUGCUCGACAUCACAAGAGCUCGGUGAGUGGUGCUUUGGGAAUAAUAAAGAUAGCAAUGGAAGCUGAUAUGGAUCUUCUCAGUUCCUCCGGUCUCCAAGCCGCGUACUUCGGCGCCUACCCACUGGCAUCCCUCGGCCACGCCAACUGGUUACUACGCCACUACGGCUACAAGGCCACCUUCAUCUGGGGCCUCUGUCUCUACGCCAUCGGAGCCCUAGUAGCCUGGCCAUGCAUUCUCAACCGUUCCUUCGGAGGCUUCUGCGCGGCCAUCUUCAUCAUCGGUAACGGCCUCGGAUCUCUCGAAACGGCAGCAAAUCCCUACAUCACCGUCUGUGGACCCCCACGGUACUCGGAGAUGCGCAUCAAUUUCUCGCAAGCUUUCAAUGGCAUCGGGACCGUUGUCGCGCCCGUGCUCGGAUCGUAUGUCUUCUUUAAGAAUACGGGUACGGAUAAGGAUUCGUUGAAGACGGUGCAGUGGGUUUACCUGGCCAUUGCAUGUUUCUGUUUCCUGCUUGCUGUUGUGUUUUACUUGUAAGUCUUUGCAGGAUGCUGGCGGUUCAAUAAUGAGGGAGCAAGCCACUGAUGAUUUUGGCUUCUAGUUCUCCCAUCCCGGAGAUCACGGAUGCGGAUAUGGCUUUCCAGGCGGAGGAGACGCACGCUGGGACUGAUGAUCAACCGUUCUGGAAGCAGCAUCGACUUUUCCAUGCUGCAUUUGCACAGGUGAGCAUACCAUGUUGUUGAUCCAUGUUGAGCGUCAGUACUGAGCGAUGCUUCGCUUUGUCAGUUUUGCUAUACCGGAGCUCAAGUGGCAGUUGGUAAGUCAACAUACCAGUCCCGUUUUUUUGGGAAGAGUCCAAACAGCUGAUUCAGACAUCUCAGCAAGCUUCUUCAUCAACUACGCCACAGAGACUCGACCCAACACCUCAUCCGCACUCGGUGCUCAAUUACUCGCAGGCGCUCAGGGAGGCUUCGCACUCGGCCGAUUCGCCGGUGUCGCGAUUAUGAAAUUCGCGCGACCAAGAUGGGUCUUCCUGUUCUAUCUCACAAUGUAAAGUCCAUCCCAAUCCUCAAGAAGAGAUACGCAAGGCGAAUCUGACCGUCGCAGGUGUAUCGUCUUCAUCGCCCCAUCCAUUUCCCAACGAGGCAGCACGGGCAUCGCCAUGCUCUUCCUCACCCUCUUCUUCGAAUCCAUCUGCUUCCCCACCAUCGUCGCGCUCGGAAUGCGUGGCCUGGGGAAAUACAGCAAGCGAGGUUCGGGCUUCAUCAUCGCCGGUGUUUCUGGUGGAGCGGUAAGGAUCCCCAACCAAACGAAAACGAAAACGAAAUCCACCCCCCCUCUCUCUCUCAUCAUCAUCAUCAUCAUUGACGAUUUUCUUUCCAUAGGUCGUCCCGCCAGCUCUCGGCGCAGCAGCUGACCGUUCCGGCACCGCCACGGCCAUGGCCAUCCCGCUGGCCUUCUUCGUUCUGGCGUGGAGUUAUGCCUUCGCGGUGAAUUACGUCCCGGCCUAUCGCGAGCCGAUUGAUAUGUUGAAGGAUUCCACCUUGGCUGUCGAUCCUGCGCCUGGAGAUGAGGAGAGUGGGAGUGAAGUUCAGGUUCAGGAGGAAAAUGUGAAAUCGGGUAAGGACGGGGGCAUUGCGCAUGCGGAACAGCGCGAGGUUGCUGGGGAUGAUGAUAUCAAUGGGAAGAUGUGA